CCGCGAGCCUUUUUUUGGACGAUGGGUGUUGUUUUUUCUAAUAUUGCGGCCCAUUUAAUUAUUGCCCAAAUGUCAUCAACCAAAGUUGCUGCUAUUACUACUCUUUUAAUUGUGUAUAUUUUAAUUGUUUUGUUAUCCUUGUUUGGAUUAUUUGCUUCUUUUGAAAUUUGGGUGCUUCGUGGUUCUGCUAUUUUAUUUACUCUUGCCCAUGUUAAUUAUGGAUGUUGUGUGAUAAAUCAACUUUGUGAUCAUUUCAAAAUUCAACCUCUUUCUCUCAACUACUUGGAGAAGCAAAAAUAAAUAGAGAGAUGUGCCAAAAUAAAUUUUGAAAAAGUAUAUAAUCGUUAAAAAUUUUUGAUUUAUAAAUAUAAAGAACUCAAUAUAACAAUUUUUAUAUAUAUU